AUGCCCCUGCCCACACACUUCAUUCUCAACACGGGCGAACUCAUUCCUGCUGUAGGCUUCGGCACAUGGCAGGCCAAGCCCGGUGAAGUCGAGCGGGCGGUAGAAACUGCGCUCAAGGCUGGCUACCGUCAUAUUGAUUGUGCUGCCAUCUACCGCAACGAAGCAGAGGUCGGCGAGGGCAUUCCGAAUAACGAAGAUGUCCAAAGCGCUCUCGAAAAGUUGCUGCAGGAUCUUGGCGUUGGAUACCUUGAUCUGUUCUUGAUGCACUGGCCUGUGUACGCUGUGGAGAAGCUGCACAGCACCGGUAAAGUACGCGCCAUUGGCGUCUUCAACUUUACCACCAAGCGAUUGGAAGACCUCUUAUUCAAGAUCGACGCUGUCCCGGCCGUGAAUCAAGUCGAGGCCUACUUCUACCUCCAGCAACCCGCCCUCUUCGACUUCUGUAAGAGCAAGGGAAUACUCAUCGAAGCAUACUCGCCUCUAGGAAACAACCAAACAGGUGAGCCUCGCACUGUUGAUGACGAGCUUGUGGGUGUGUUGGGUUGUCGACCGGGUAUGGAUGGUAAUCAACUUCUUACCAGCUGGGGCAUCCAACGCGGCACUGUGGUAUUACCCAAGAGCAUCACGCCAAACCGAAUCAAGAGCAACGUGCAAGUCAAGGAGCUGCCAAAGGACGCAUUCGAGGAGCUCAACGCUUUAGAGAGACACAAGCGCUUCAACACCCAGUCGCGGUGGGGUUUCGACAUCUUCGACGACGUUCGUGAAGAGAAAAUCAAGAAAUUACAUAAAGCGUUGCUGAAGAAAAUAGGUUAA